AUGUCCCACUCCGGCGGCCGGCUCACAGACGCAGAGGAGCUGACAGGGGCACGCCUGGGCGCAUAUCACCAGAUUGUGUCCACGAGGAGGAAGCCCGUUCCGGCGCGAGCGGGGCCAUAUCACCAAGACAUUGAUGUUGAAGAGGAGGGUGUUUCCUCACCACCGAGGCUCUACGAGUCUCACGAUCUCGGGCAAGGCGGGGUUGCAGACGGUGUUGAAUCGAGCCAUCGCUCACAGACACCGCCUCCCAAAUGGCCACGCAACUCCCAUCCAGCUCUCUGGGCGCCGAUUUGGCUCAGUCGAGUUGCUCUCGUCGCUUUUGCCGUCACAUUUCUGCUGAUGUUGCUGGCCACUGCUUUGCUCUACCAUUUUUCUGAGGAGAACAGCGGAAUCAGCGUUCAGAAAGAGGCAAACCACUACGCCUGGAAGUACGGCCCUACAGCAGUCCUUGUCGUGGUGGGAACACUCUGGCGGCAGGUAGACUUUGCAAACAAGAUCCUGAUGCCCUGGGAAGAGCUCAGAACUGGGCCUUCGUCGGCAGACAAGACCCUGCUUCUCGACUACAUCUCCCCAUUGCUGCCCACCGUCUUCUCAACCGGUUUGCUCAUCUUGGAGCCGACUCAGAUGUUCAAAAGCGACCAAAAGUUUCAACUUGCCUCAAAGUUCGAGUUGAAUCAGUCCGCCGAUCCCACAUUCGCCUGGGCAGUCGGUCCAGGUCCCGCGCAGACUUACUAUGGAAUCAAUUUCUACGGACUGCGUUACCCUCCCGGCACGGCACAAGACUUUGUCGUACCCGAGUUCCAAGUGCCCUCGAUGGCGGCCAGCAACAUUGAAUACUCGAUGAGCACGGAUGGUGCCAAGGUCGGUUAUGACUGCGAACUCCUCCCCAUCACCAACGGUACCGAAACCCGCAUGCCCUGGCGAAGCAUCCUUGCGCCGUUCAUUGUUGCGAACGUCACCACCAGGGACUGCGACAUAAAAGGAGUCACUCUCGCUGCCGGUCCCGACCACAACUUCUACCAUGAUAAGAAUGCGACGCAAAACUAUCAGGCUCAAUUCGUCGUAUAUCCCUGCAACUAUGACUUUGACUUCAGCAGACAGUACAUAGACCCAGGCAAUCUAUCGAUGCAUCUUCAAGUGUACAACACAAGUCGAGACCUCCGACUGUUCAUGUCUGUUGUCGAUCUUCGCAUAUCGCCAUACAAUGCUUCUUUCAGCGGUCCCAAGUACAUGUAUCUUCAAAACGUGACGGCUGCUCUUUGCAAGCCAUCCUACGAGCUCGGCCGCUUUGAGGUUGGCGUCCCCAAUGCCAACAACGGCUCUGCGCAUGCUCUCUUUUCAACAUCAGCAGCAAAACAGGGUGCCAUCAAGCACUUUCCGCACGGGUCCUUGGCCAUGGCCGUCGACACCACGGUCGGCAACUGGAUCCUGGGCAACGGAGGAGUCGACUAUGUCCUCACAGCAACCGUGCCGACCUUUUUCCAACUCAUGUCGAAGAAGGCUGGAGUCAAGUCCAUCAGAAGCUUCAUGGAUCCGGAGCUUCUCAUAAACACUGCAACUGAUGUGUUCAAGGGAAUCGCAGCUCAAGCGCUGCAUUCCAUCAUAGUGCAGCCGGCUAACCGGACGACUACGGGAAGCAUUACGUAUGAAGAGCAGCGGCUGCGUGUCAAGGCGCUUUCCACCGGCUUCAUGUGCAGCUUUCUUGGCCUUCUGGUCAUAAUCGCUAUCGCCAUGAUAUUUGUGAGGCCUAGUUUUGCGGCUCCAGAUCGACCAGGUGCAGCUCUUUCAAUGGCUACUCUGCUAGCAUCCAGCCCCCGUCUCAACGAGAUCCUGUCAUAUAUGGGGUCGUUGAGCAAUGAAAGGCUACAGCAGCAUCUUACCGCAUACCAUUUCAGAACAACCAAUCCUUCCGAAUCCGGUGCGGGCGUAUCGAUCGAAGCAGUACAACUGAAUGAGGGCCAAACAAUGAGCCAUCUCACCGCACAGAGUCAAGGUCAAGUGCCGUCAUGGAGGCCAAUGGCGGGCGCAAACUGGUUUCUUGGCUUUGCGAUAUGUCUUCCACUUGCCAUUAUUGCGUCUCUGGAAAUUGUUCAGCAUUUCUCAGAUGUCAACAAAGGAUUCGUGGGCAUCAGCCAUUCGAGCUCGGCUGUGCUUGCGACAUAUAUCCCAUCAGCGAUUGCUCUAGGCGUGGCCAGUCUCUAUGCUGCAAUGCAAAUGAUGGCCGCAACCUUUGCCCCCUUUGCGCCUCUGAAGCGUGGGAAGGCUAGUGCGGAGAGAACAAUAUCGCUGAGCCUUGUCUGCCAGAUCUUUCCCCGAGCAUUCUAUCUAUCCCUAAGAUCGAGGAACUUUGCAGUCGCGAUUGCACUAUUUGGCACCUUUCUCGGUAGUUUUCUCUCCAUCAUAGUGUCGGGUCUCUACAGUAGCAUCAGCGUGCCAAUUGGCAAGAACAUAACGCUGCACCAAGACGACUGGUUCAACUUUGAAGAUGUGAAUCUCUCCUUGGACGAUAACGAGGCCGCCGCCAUUGACAACUUGGUUGAAUACUUGGGACUGAACAGCACAAGGUGGGUAUCGGAAGACCUCGUCUUCAACACGUUCCACCAGGACGCCGUCUCCUCAAGCAACUCAAGCACGAACGUGCCGCUGACGGUCACCAUACCCGCGGUGCGGCCAUCGCUGAACUGCACCGCGAUACCGAACGAGGAUCGACAAGUGACAAUCUUCAACCAGGAGUCCACCUCGGGAGCGGUCUUUGUCAUGCCUGGGCAAAGCGACAUUGUGACUCCUCAGCCAGGCUAUGUUUGGGUUGGCGUGAACACGACGAUGAGAUACGCCGACUGGUGUGAGGUUGCCCCCCACGGCAUGAUGAAGAACGAGCCGUGGAUGCAAUACUUUCUUCUCCCCAACGACACAAGCAUGGCCUAUGUCGGCAAAGGCUCGAUCCUCACAUGGAGUGGUGGGAUAGUAGGCGGCGAUGGGGCGCUGAACACCGAUCCGACUGCGGGAAUCAUGGGCGACGCAAUUACGGAGCCGGACAAUGGGUGUCCGACAUUCACUGCCACGUUAGGCCACAUGAGGUUGAAGAAGUCGGGCAAAGGCCCCAAAGCCAGGAUUACGGGAUUUGAGCAAGAUCUUGCCACCAUUGUCUGCUAUCAAAAUAUGGAGCAGGUCAUGACCAACGUCACAUGGCAACUCCCUCACUUCAGUCUCGACCCUACCCAGCUUCCAAAGACAGAUGAGCGCACGGCGAGAUUAUUGAAGUCGAAGCGCGGCAGCGAACGGUUUCCGUAUCUGCCAAACGCCUGGCUGAACGGCCUGACCACUCCGCUGUUUAACCAGACGGUUCCCGGGCCAAACAACACUGAUGCAGCAAAUAACCACAUAGACAACUUCAUCAAGGCUCUGGUCUUCUCCAAGGACGGUAGGCCCGUGACGGAGCUUGCCGGCGCCAAGAACGUCGAGAACCUCAAGAAUAUGACCCAGAGGCUCUACAAAGUGUACAUGGCCCAAGCCAUAUCCCUCAACAUGCGCUCCAAUAGCACGGAUGGCGACGGGGCCUCGCUGGGCACCUACGACGGCGUCGUGACCACAUCUGGUCAUCAGCGGCUGCAGCAGAAUCGCGGGCCCAAGAUUGCGCUUCAGGUCGUUUUGGCAGUCAUGGUCGCGUGUGGUAUUGCAACGAGGCUGCUUCUCCCGGUGCGAGAUGUUCUGCCGCAUGACCCUUGCUCAAUUGCCGGUACGGCGACUUUGGUGGCGGGCGGAGAAUUGGUGUCUCGACUGGCCUCGUCCAUGGCUGAGUUGGAUGGACGGACGAGUACGGAGGUGUUGCUGGCAAAUGGGCUGUUUAGCUUGAAAUGGUGGCGAGAUGAGAAGGGCUUGGAGCGAUAUGGCAUUGAUAUCGAGCCGUUAUAA